AUGGGGCCUUCUCAACGUGCCACGGGAUUCAAGCCCGGCCCUGAGCAAGGGAAGGCAAAGCCCCCGCGCAGCAAACGAACAGUGGCUCUGGCAAAGCAACAAAAGGAAGACCUGUUGAAACGGAUAUCUCAACUCGAGCUCCAGCAGGUAUUAGGCAACGAAAAAGCCGAGCACGAUGCCACCAAGGCCAUUGCUAGCAGAUUGAGGCUAGAGCACAAUGAUCUAGUCAGACGACUGGACGAGGCCGAGACUGCCGUGGCCAAGGCUGAGUCUCGCGCCUGGGAAAGCGAAAGAGAAAUGGCCAAGCUACAAAAGUCCCUUUUCGAGUCGAAGAUGGGUGCACAGAACAAUGAAACUUGGAUGGAGCUUAUGGCGGAGGAAAAUCAGCAAAUGGAAGAAGCCAAUGGGAGGAUCGUGGCAAGGAAUAUCAUGCGAGAGGGUGAGCUCAUUCAGGAAAUUGAACAGACGGAGAACCGAGCACGCAGUCUGGAACAGUCGCUCACUAUAGCCUACAAGGAUGUGGAAGAGUAUGGGAUCCUGUUUCAGAAGGAUACAGAAGACUGGGCAGAAUUGGUGAAUCUCUUGGAUAAGUACAAGUCUGAGAAUGGCGAGAGGAUUCGAGAGCUUCGUCGUUCGGUCACGGAAUACUCCAAUGCCAUGGAGGGCAUUCAGGAUGAGGUCAACCAGCUAUUUCAAGCCGCAGAAGUUAGAAUCGCGCGCAACAGACUUCGCCGGGACAAUGCGGCAAGUAGAGCUGGCCCAAGAAUUGUUCAAUGGGGCAGUGAGAUCUCGAGAGUUAAUUCUCCACGGUCAUCCGAAGAAAACUUCCGUGACUUCUUGCCUUUCCUGGGGACAUAUGACUUCGACAGCGACUCAUUGCCCGGUAUAGGGGAGUACCCGCUUAUGAAUAUACCAUGCGAGGCACGAGAUGAAUACAACGGGCCUUAUAUUAGCCUCGGCCAGAUUGAAAGUGACGCUGCUGCACUGCCGUCUUCCAGUGAUACGCAUAUAGAGCCCGCCAAAGACGAGCUACACUCACUGGAUACACUGAUACCAACAGUAGAUAACGGCCAAUGCGGAUUCGCAGUGUUCGAUGUCAACAGACUUUGUCGCGGUUUCGAAUCAACCCUUACCGGCGGCUUCGAUUCCGACUCGGACACCAAAUAUGACCGAGAUCAAGACCGCAUGUUUGGAUCUUCCUUGCAAGAUUGGGAACGGGACAGUCUCAUUAGUCAGGCCCUGGAACGGCACUCAUUCGACGAGAAAACACGGGGGAAAUGCUGGAAUCGGAUCACCCAUGAUAGCCCGUCACCCGAAAUUACCGAUGGCAACAAUUAUAUAGGGGAGGGCUGGUUGAACCCAAGCUUGCCAGAUCCACCAGGUCUCCACAAUUCACAUUUGUCGAACAUGAGCUUCGAGUCUUGGAAAUUUCUGAAGAAACCCAGUUGGCCUGUCCAAGAGCGAACAGAUAUGGAUAGGUCAAGGGUUAAGUCGCGGCCCGUCUACUUUGGCCACUUGCCAUGCGGCUAUACACCUCCUUUGAAUACGUCCCGAAAGCGCGUUCGAUGUGCUCCGCCAACAUCUCAUCCGAAUUGGGAUCAUGAUGGCGAAGCUAGUGCGAAUUUGGAACAAGACGACUCUAUUCGUGAGCUGGACCUUGACGUGGUGCCUAGUAGUGGACCGACGGAUUGUACGGUUCCGCAGAGUGCACUGUUUACUAGGACGGUGAAUGACGAUCCUGAUCAGGCCUCCAUCCUCAGUGUGGAUCAUCGACGAGGCAAUUCGAUCAUCAAGGAAUCCGAAUCAAGGGGAGUUCAGACUGGCGAUACUCCGCUGUUGGCGCGUCCGGACAAUCUGGCUGCCUCGCUGAAGGCGUUAGUGAUGGCGCCAAACGGCCCGCUUGACCAGGGAGGAAAGUUGCGAUCUUUAUCCGUCGGCGAUCUGCCGCGAGUACUAGCAACAGAGGCAGCAUCAGUCACCGAGCGCAUGCCGGGGUCAUGGCCGCGAAAAGCUAAUUCCUAUGUAGACAUUAACCCCGAGAUUGCCUCGGAGAUAGCCAUUGCAGUCUUGCGAAGGUUGAGAGCGUCGAUGGAGAAUAUUCUACCGGUCGGCAUCGAAUUAUUGAAUUUGCUGAACCCCUCACAUCCUCAGUGCAUCGUCUAUCCGGGCCUCAUGGCGCUAUGGUUGUGGCAGAGCUAUGAACGACACGCGGAGUGGCGGCAAUGGGAGAGGGCCAACGAGCGUUACAUGGUGCAGCAGUUGCGCAACCAGUACGCGUUGCAAGUAGGCUGGGUGGACUCGGUGGGAUUUAGCUUGUCCCAGUGGCUAGCGUUUGACCGGUCGUCUUUCGGGUAAAUAUAAU